AUGCCGACCCACAACAUCGUCGUCCUCGGCGGCUCUUUCGCAGGCCUCGGCGUCGCCCACAACCUCCUCCGCCAUGUCAUCCCCCACCUGCCAAACUCCGACGACUACAAGCUCAUCCUCGUCAACCCCUCGGACCACUUCUACUUCAAGCCUGCUUCUCCCCGCAUGACUUCGCGCGAGGAUCUCAUCUCGUUCGACACCCUCAUGAUCCCCAUCAGCCGGGGCUUCUCCGACUACCACCAGUUCGAGCUUGUCCAGGCCUACGCACGUCAGAUCAACCCCGAAACCCGUGACAUCACCCUUGAACUUGCCAAUGCCGACAAGACCUCCUCCACUAUUCACUACGAUACCCUGGUCAUUGCCACCGGUGCCUCGUCCACUUCUGCGCUGUGGAGCCCCGCUACACCCAAGGAGGCGACCGAGGCCGCCCUCACCGAGUUCCGCGAAAAGCUCAAGACCGCCCAGAGAGUCAUCAUUGCCGGCGGUGGCGCCGUUGGUGUCGAAACCGCUGGCGAGCUCGGUUUCGACCAUGGCAAGCAGAAGGACAUCGUCCUCUACUCCGGCACAACCCGCCUUCUCUCCCGCCUGAGGGCCGAUGUUGGCAAGCGCGCUGAGGAGUACCUGAACGAAACGGACGUCACCGUCGUCCACAACACCAAGAUCCUCUCCAAUGGCCCCGGUGCGGACGGCAACGAAGUUCUGCAUUUGAGCGACGGCUCCAAGAUCACCGCGGACCUCUUCAUCGACGCCCGCGGCACCAAGCUCAACAACAGCUACUUGCCCCCUUCUUGGCUAAAUGAGCGCGGCGCCGUCGCCGUCGAUGACACCCAGAGAGUCAAGGCUGCCGGCUCGGGUGCACGUAUCUACGCUGUUGGUGAUAUCGCUUCGUAUUCUUCCGGCGGCAUCAUGGACAUUCAGUCCGCCAUUCAACCGCUCGCCGCCGUCAUUGAGCACGACCUGACCGGCGGAGAGUCCAAGGCACAACCUACAUACACCGGCCAGAAGUCGCAGAGUAUGCUGGUGCCUGUUGGCAGGAAGAGAGCGGUUGGUGUCAUUUUCGAUUACUGGCUGCCAAGCUACAUCGGCCACAUGAUAAAGGGCAAGACCUUUUUUGCCGACCAGGGCGUCGCCACCGUCAUGGGUGACAAGUGGACGAAGAAGAAGAUUUAUUAG